CCCCCUACCCGAGCAGCUGAGGGCGGGGCGCAGGCUGGUCCGGGGCGGCCGCGGCUCCAUGGGGCUCUUGGGGCUGCUGAGCCUGCUGCACUCAGCCUUCUUCGGGGACCAGGCGCUGCAGGAGCUGAAGAUGACGAGCUCCGUGGCGCCCUACGAGCAGCUGGUGCGGCAGGUGGAGGCCUUGAAGGCCGAGAACAGUCACCUGAGGCAGGAGCUGCGAGACAACUCGAGCCACCUGUCCAAGCUAGAGACGGAGACGUCCGGCAUGAAGGAGGUCCUGAAGCACUUACAAGGCAAGCUGGAGCAGGAGGCCGGAGUGCUGGUGUCCUUGGGGCAGACGGAGGUGCUGGAACAGCUGAAAGCCCUGCAGAUGGACAUCACCAGCCUGUACAACCUCAAGUUCCAGCCCCCAGCCCUAGGUCCUGAGCCCACUGGCCGGACCCCCGAAGGAAGUCCAGUACACGGCUCCGGGCCUUCUAAGGACAGCUUUGGGGAGCUGAGCCGGGCGACCAUCCGGCUGCUGGAGGAACUGGACCGGGAGAGGUGCUUCCUGUUGAACGAGAUCGAGAAGGAGGAGAAGGAGAAGCUCUGGUAUUACUCACAGCUGCAGGGCCUGUCCAAGCGCCUGGACGAGCUCCCGCACGUGGAGACGCAGUUCUCGAUGCAGAUGGACCUGAUCCGGCAGCAGCUGGAGUUCGAGGCCCAGCACAUCCGCUCGCUGAUGGAAGAACGCUUCGGCACCUCGGACGAGAUGGUGCAGCGCGCGCAGAUCCGCGCUUCUCGCUUGGAGCAAAUCGAUCAGGAGCUGCUGUCCGCACAGGACCGGGUGCAACAGACAGAGCCCCAGGCCCUGCUGGCGGUGAAGUCGGUGCCGGUGGACGAGGAUCCAGAGACUGAAGUCCCCACACACCCGGAGGAUGGUGUCCCUCAGCCCGGCAACAGCAAGGUGGAGGUGGUCUUCUGGCUGCUGUCCAUGCUGGCAACGCGUGACCAGGAGGACACGGCGCGCACCCUGCUGGCCAUGUCCAGCUCGCCGGAGAGCUGCGUGGCCAUGCGCCGCUCGGGGUGCCUGCCGCUGCUGCUGCAGAUCCUGCACGGCACCGAGGCCGGCGCUGGGGGUCGCGACGGAAGCCCCGGGGCGACGGGCGCCAAGGACGCACGCAUGCGCGCCAACGCGGCGCUGCACAACAUCGUCUUCUCGCAACCUGACCAGGGCCUGGCGCGCAAGGAGAUGCGCGUCCUGCACGUGCUGGAGCAGAUCCGGGCCUAUUGUGAGACCUGCUGGGACUGGCUGCAGGCCAGGGACGGCGCCGAGGGAAGCGGCGCCAGCGGCGCUCCAGUCCCCAUCGAGCCCCAGAUCUGCCAGGCCACCUGUGCCGUGAUGAAGCUGUCUUUUGACGAGGAAUACCGCCGAGCCAUGAACGAGCUGGGUGGGCUGCAGGCCGUGGCAGAGUUACUGCAAGUUGACUACGAGAUGCACAGAAUGACCCGGGACCCGCUGAACCUCGCCCUCCGUCGAUACGCCGGCAUGACCCUCACCAACCUCACCUUCGGAGACGUGGCCAACAAGGCCGCACUGUGUGCCCGCCGGGGCUGCAUGGAGGCCAUCGUGGCCCAGCUGGCUUCUGAGAGCGAGGAGCUGCACCAGGUUGUGUCCAGCAUCCUGCGCAACCUGUCCUGGCGGGCCGACAUCCACAGCAAGAAGGUGCUGCGGGAGGUGGGCAGCAUGACCGCCCUGAUGCGGUGCGUCCUUCGAGCCUCCAAGGAGUCCACCCUGAAGAGUGUGCUCAGCGCCCUGUGGAACCUGUCGGCGCACAGCACGGAGAACAAGGCGGCCAUCUGCCAGGUGGACGGCGCCCUGGGCUUCCUGGUGAGGACACUGACCUACAAGUGCCAGAGCAACUCGCUGGCCGUCAUCGAGAGUGGCGGCGGCAUCCUGCGCAACGUGUCCAGCCUCAUCGCCACGCGGGAGGACUACAGGCAGGUGCUGCGGGACCACAACUGUCUGCAGACGCUGCUGCAGCACCUGACGUCCCACAGCCUGACCAUCGUGAGCAACGCGUGCGGCACGCUCUGGAACCUGUCGGCCCGCAGCCCGCGCGACCAGGAGCUGCUGUGGGACCUGGGGGCCGUGGGCAUGCUGCGGAACCUGGUGCACUCCAAGCACAAGAUGAUCGCCAUGGGCAGCGCCGCGGCCCUGCGCAACCUGCUGGCCCACCGGCCCGCCAAGUACCAGGCGACGGCCACCGCCGUGUCCCCCGGCGCGUGCGCACCCAGUCUGUACGUGAGGAAGCAGCGGGCGCUGGAGGCCGAGCUGGACACGCGACAUCUGGCCCAGGCGCUCGACCACCUGGAGAAGCAGGGCCUGCCCGAGGCCGAGGCCGAGGCCGCCUCCAAGAAGCCGCUGCCGCCCCUGCGGCACCUGGACGGGCUGGCCCGGGACUACGCCUCCGACUCCGGCUGCUUCGACGACGACGAGGCGCCCUCCCUGGCCGCCGCCGCCUCGACCGCCGAGCCCGCCAGCCCCGCCGUGCUGUCCCUCUUCCUGGGCAGCCCCUUCCUGCAGGGACAGGCUCUGGCCCGCGCCCCGCCCGCCCGCCGCAGCGGCCCGGAGGCGGAGAAGGAGGCCGGCGGGGAGGCGGCCGUGGCGGCCAGGGCCAAGGCCAAGCUGGCGCUGGCGGUGGCGCGGAUCGACCGGCUGGUGGAGGACAUCUCAGCCCUGCACACCUCGUCCGACGACAGCUUCAGCCUCAGCUCCGGGGACCCCGGGCAGGAGGCCCCGCGGGAGGGCCGCGCCCAGUCCUGCUCCCCUUGCCGGCGGCCGGAGGGCAGGCGGCAGGAGGCCGGCGGCCGGGCCCACCCGCUGCUGCGGCUCCAGGCCGCCCACGCCAGCCUGUCCAACGACAGCCUCAACAGCGGCAGCAGCGCCUGUGACGGGCGCUGCCCCCGCGAGCACACGAGGCCCUGCCCGCUGGCCGUGCUGGCCGAGCACCACGAGGGGGCCCCGUGCAGCCAGGCGCGGCCCAGCCGGCUGGACCUCAGCCUGCCGGGCGGCCGGGAGCCGGCCGGGAGGGACGGCUCUGCGGCCGACGCCUGCGUGCGCACCAUCAAGCUCUCGCCCACCUACCAGCACGUGCCGCUCUUCGAGGGCCACCCCAGGGCGGGGGCGGGGCCCCUGGCCGCCGGGGCCCGGAAGCAGGCCUGGCUGCCCACGGAGGGCCUGAGCCAGCUGCCCGAGAAGCCGGCGGCAGAGACGGCGCCCCUCCGCCUGUCCCGCUGCAGCUCUCUGUCCUCGCUGUCCUCGGCCGGCCGCCCCGGCCCCAGUGAGGCCGGGGACCUGGACAGCGACUCGUCCCUGGAGGCACUGGAGGAGGCGGGACCCGGCAAGGCGGCCCUGGACGGAGCCUGGCUCGGGCCUGGGGCCGCCUCCCUGCCGGUGGCCGUCCCGGCGCCGCACCGGGGCCGCGGCCUGGGGGCGGAGGACACCACGCCGUCCAGCUCCUCCGAGAACUGCGUGCAGGAGACGCCGCUGGUGCUGAGCCGCUGCAGCUCCGUGAGCUCCCUGAGCAGUUUCGAGAGCCCGUCCAUCGCCAGCUCCGUCCCCAGCGACCCGUGCAGCGGGCUGGGCAGCGGCACGGUCAGCCCCAGCGAGCUGCCCGACAGCCCCGGGCAGACCAUGCCGCCCAGCCGCAGCAAGACGCCCCCGCUGGCCCCUGCGCCCCCCGGCGAGCGCGAGAGCACCGAGUUCAGUUUGCAGUGGGAGAGCUACGUGAAGCGAUUCCUGGACAUCGCCGACCGCCGGGAGCGCUGCCGGCUGCCGUCGGAGCUCGACGCCGGCAGCGUCCGCUUCACGGUGGAGAAGCCGGACGAGAACUUCUCGUGCGCCUCGAGCCUCAGCGCGCUGGCCCUGCACGAGCACUACGUGCAGAAGGAUGUGGAGCUGCGGCUGCUGCCCCCCGCCUGCCCGGAUCGCGGCGGCGGCCCCGGCCCCGGCCCGCACCUCGCGGGGCACCGCCGGCGGGACGAGGCCGCUGGGUGCCUGGAGGGGCCGGCAGCCGCCGACCAGGAGCUGCAGCUGCUGCGCGAGUGCCUGGGGGCAGCCGUGCCCGCCCGGCUCCGCAAGGUGGCCUCGGCCCUGGUGCCCGGCCGCCGCGCGCUGCCCGUGCCCGUGUACAUGCUGGUGCCCGCCCCCGCCCGGGGGGAUGACUCACGCACCGACUCGGCCGAGGGCACACCGGUCACCUUCUCCAGUGCCACCUCGCUCAGCGACGAGACGCUGCAGGGACCUCCCAGGGACCCACCCGCCGGGCAGGCAGCCGGCCGGAAGACCGCAGGUCGGGAGGCCACCGCCAGGCAGGCCACCGGGCACCGCCACGGGGCGUGGGGCGGGGGCCGGAGCGCAGAGCAGGCCCGGGGGGCGGGCACGAGCCGGGCGGGGCUGGAGCUGCCCCUCCGCCAGCCCUCGAGCGCCUGCACGGACAGGGACGGCCCCCGCCCGGGCCAGGCACGUGGGGACGGGGCACCGCAGUCGCUGUGCCUCACGACGCCCACCGAGGAGGCCGUGUACUGCUUCUACGACAACGACUCCGAUGAAGAGCCGUCCGAGGCGGUGGCGCCCCCGCGGCGGGCGUCCGCCAUCCCCCGUGCCGUGAAGAGAGAGCACCCGGCCGGCAGGAAGGACGCGCAGGCCACACCCAAGGCCGCGGCCAAGGCCCCGCCCGCUGCCCGCGCCCAGCCCAGCCUCAUCGCCGACGAGACCCCGCCAUGCUAUUCCCUGAGCUCCUCCGCCAGCUCCCUCAGCGAGCCUGAGCCCCCUGAGCAGCCGGCCAGCCGGCCCCGUGCUCCCGAGCCGGCCGUCGCCAAAGUCGCGGGCCCGGGGGGCGGGUGCAGCGGCGCCCCCAGCCCGCGGGCGGGGACGGGGCCGGGGCCGGGGCCGGCCAGGGCGGUGAAAACGGGGUCCUCGGAGGGCGCACCCCGCACGUCCUCCAGGAUCUGCUCCACCGUGGGCGGCGCUGGGCGAGUGGGCAGUACCACCCGCUUCUUGGCCUUGGAACCCAUCCCUGGAGGCGAGAGAAGAGGCACUUGA